AUGUUCAUAGUAUCAGAGUCACAAAAGACAUUUGCUUCGUUUUUCAUAUUUGGAUUACUAAAUAAUAUCUUAUAUGUGAUUAUUCUAUCAGCAGCGAUUGACUUAGUUGGACCAUCAACUCCAAAAGCUAUAGUUUUAUUAUCUGAUGUUCUACCUUCAUUUACAAUUAAACUACUUGCUCCAUUUUUCAUCCAUAAGAUUCCUUAUAUUAAAAGAAUCUAUUGUUUAAUAGGAUUAUCUUCAUUUGGAAUGUUGUUACUCUCAUUAAGUUCUAGUAAUGUUAUUUUUUGGAAGAUAUUUGGGAUUUCUUUAGCAUCAUUAAGCUCAGGAUUAGGUGAAGUUAGUUUUUUACAAUUGACUCAUUAUUUUAAUAAAGAUGAUUCAAUUGGUGGAUUUUCUAGUGGUACUGGUGGUGCCGGAUUAUUUGGAAGUUUUUUCUUUAUGAUGAUGACAAAUUUAUUAAAUAUUCCAGUUUGGAUUGUAUUAUUAUUAUGUUCAGUAUUACCACUUGGGUUUAUCAUGACGUAUAUUAAAUUGUUACCGACACCAACACAUGAAUAUGAUUUGGUAAAUCAACAAGAAGAGGAGGAGGAAGGAGAAGGAAUCUUUGAAGCUGAAACUAAAUCACAUUUGGAGUUUGUUAGACAUACUUUACUUGAAAUCAAACCACUUGUUAUUCCAUAUAUGGUACCUUUAACAACUGUUUAUAUUUCCGAAUAUGUUAUCAAUCAAGGGAUUUCUCCAACUUUAUUAUUCCCAUUAGAAGAAUUACCUCAUUGGUUGUUUUCAAGUUAUAGAGACAUUUAUGUAGUAUAUGGAUUUUUAUAUCAACUUGGUGUAUUUAUAUCCAGAUCAUCGAUUUCAUUUGGUAUAAGAAUUAAGCAUUUGUUUAUAUUAUCUGUGUUGCAAUUUGUCAACGUUUUGAUAACAUUGAUCCAAUCCAUCUAUGAUUCUCCAUUUAGUAAGAUAUGGCUAUUAUUGGUUUUAAUUUUCUAUGAAGGGUUAUUAGGGGGUGCUAGUUAUGUGAAUACUUAUAGAUCAGUAAGUGAAGAUGUACCACGAACGAAACGAGAGUUUAGUAUGGGUUGUGUAAGUAUUAGUGAUUCAUUAGGAAUAGUUUUAGCUGGGUGUAUCAACUGGUGGUUAGAAAUAAAGUUGUGUAACUUGCAAGUUCGUCGAGGUAGGGAUUGGUGUUUAAAAGGUGGUUCGAUAUAA